AAGAAAGGAGAUGGGGUGGGGUAUGGCGUAGCCUGGCCGGCCCAGGAGGAGUUUGGGUGGAGCCGAUUGUGUAAGCUUUAGAGCAGAGGGGGCGGGGGGACUGCCACUAGCAACUAACCUCAGCUUCCCUAACUCAGCAGAAAGGUCGGAGGCAUUGUUGGAGAGGCCAGGAGGUCCAAGGUUCUGUCUGCCCGCCAAAGAGGGACAAAAACCCAAGUAGUGCGGUGCAGCUUUAAAGGGGCUGGUGAUUGACAGAAAGUGUAGCAGUGCAUGGGGUGGAGCCGUUGGGUGGGGUCUGGGACGGGCAGCUGGGAGAAGAAACCACAAGGAAGCAAAAAGAAAACCAUUGCCCCAGAUAUCGCUAAUGCCGGGUGGGGGAAGCUAGCCAGAAAGGGAGGAAAAGGAGGGUUUUAGAGCUCAUCUCCACUCCCACCCCCGGUCAACUUUCGUAAACCCUUGUCUCCGUUUGAGGUAAUUUAAAAUCGAGUAUACACUGGCCCUAGUCGGUGCCCAUUGCCGCUAACUCUCCACUGAACUAGGUUUGUAGUACGAGGGAGUGAGGACCCCGGCUCCACCAGCUCAACCCCGGCCCCGCCCCGUCGGCCCUGGCCCUGGGCUGAGAGGAGAGGAUGCCUCCGGAGGCGCAGAAUCCGAAAAUAUGGAUCAACCCAUAAACAACUUGGAGGUCCAACUAAAUUCAGAGAGUGGCUCAAUGCAUGUGUUCAAACAGGUUACUGGCCCUGUUCAGAUCAGAGAUCCCUUUAAGACAGCAGACAGAGGUAAUAUGACAUCCCUACCACUCCUGGAUGCUAACCCCAUGGAGAACCCAGCACUGUUUAAUGACAUCAAGAUUGAGCCCCCAGAAGAACUUCUGGCUAAUGAUUUCAACCUGCCCCAGGUGGAACCAGUCGACCUCUCCUUUCACAAGCCCAAGGCUCCUCUCCAGCCUGCCAGCAUGCUGCAAGCUCCAAUACAUUCUCCUAGGCCACAGCCUGCUCCCCAGGCCCUUGUAGUGUCCACUUCAACAUCUGGCACAGGCACUUCAGCAAACAUCCCUACCGUUCUGACUCCAGGCUCUAUUCUGGCUUCCUCCCAGGGCACUGGUGGCCAGCAGAUCUUACAUGUGAUUCACACCAUCCCCUCAGUCAAUCUGCCAAAUAAGAUGGGUGGCCUGAAGACUAUCCCAGUGGUGGUGCAGUCUCUGCCAAUGGUGUAUACUACUUUGCCUACAGAUGGGGGCCCUGCAGCCAUUACAGUCCCACUUAUUGGAGGAGAUGGGAAAAAUGCUGGAUCAGUGAAAAUUGACCCCACAUCCAUGUCUCCACUGGAGAUCCCAAGUGACAGUGAGGAGAGUGCAAUUGAGAGUGGAACCUCAGCCUUGCAGGUGAUUCAAGGACUACAGCAAGAACCAGCAACAAUGACACAAAUGCAGGGAGAAGAACCCCUUGACUUCAAAAGAAGACGGAUUCACCAAUGUGAUUUUGCAGGAUGCAGCAAAGUGUACACCAAAAGUUCUCACCUGAAAGCCCACCGCAGAAUCCAUACAGGAGAGAAGCCUUAUAAAUGUACCUGGGAUGGCUGCUCCUGGAAAUUUGCUCGCUCAGAUGAGCUCACCCGCCAUUUCCGCAAGCACACAGGCAUCAAGCCCUUCAGGUGCACAGACUGCAACCGUAGCUUUUCUCGCUCUGACCACCUCUCCCUGCACCGCCGGCGCCAUGACACCAUGUGAGCAGCACAGACCGCACUAGAAGAGCUGCCCUGGUAUUUUUCCUGUUUGUGUGCUGAGAUCAUGCCCAUCUUUUCCUGUUUGACUUCAACUUGCCUCUAGGAUGGGGUUGGAGCAGCUCACUGAGCCAGGUUGAUGAGACUAGAGAAGAAGAUCGCUGGUCUCCUAUGGUGGUUCCUCAUAUUCCAUCUUCACCUCUCCACUGUCCAGUACCCAAUUUUUUCAACCUCGGCAUGGGUGGAAUUCCAGUGAAGCACCCAUGGUUGCCCCACCCCCACCCUUACCCCUCCACUCUGAGAUAGGACAUUUUCCCAACAAUAACAAAACAGGAAUCAAACUCAAGGCUGUGAACAAACAUACGCUGCUUUUUCCCCUAUUUUUUCUCUUGUUUCUAGAAUUCUUAUCUAUGUUUUUUUCAGUCAGAAUUUAGUGGUAUCCUAAAAUGACUUUUGUCAAGUUCCUAGACAGAAGAGGGCAUAACAAUGUAGUUGGUUAGUAAGAUUUACAGGGAUUUGGUUCCUGAGCAUAGAGCACAUUCUCAGUGAAUAAGCUGAGUUCCAUACCAAACUUAAAGGUUUUAUAAAUCCAAUCCUAUUUGUUCUUACAAUUUGGUUUUCAGAUAGUGCUCGUCCUUCUGUUUCUUAACUCCAUCGGAAGGAAGGAAGGGAUCUUCUUGUCCUUCUCCUUCUCCUAUGCUUCCUCCUCUUUCAGGAUUAAAGAUUUUGCUGCACAAUUAUAUUCUUUAUUAGGUUAAAUUUGGUCAAAUAUUCAAAACACUCAUCAACAUGCCAGUAGGGAGAAAAGUGUUUCAGGAGAGUAUGUUAGGCAGUGAAAGGAACAAUCAGACCCAAGAUGUUUCUGAAAACAAAUAGAGGGGGCUUUCAUUUGGAGAGGAUAUCUAAAGUGCUGUAAUCACAAACUUCAUUCAAAUUGUAGCCUGUUGAGAUAGUAUCUUGAGGGGCUGCACUGUACUGUUUAUUCCAUUGUUUACAUAAAGCAACUAUUUUAAGCAUAUUGCGUGAUGAGAAAUCACGCACUGGGGCCAUGUUAUACAGAGGUGAGGGUUUGGAAGAAAAGUUUUGUUAAUUCCAUGGCAUUACUAGUGUGCAUUCCUGCGUUUCAAAUGGAAUAUAAGAGACUUGUAGUGAAAAUUGACAUACAAAAAGCAAUUUGAUGUUCUGCGAUUGCUAUGAAUGCCUAAGCCAUUUCUUUUAGCCAUUACAGCAGGUUGCAUGAUACACACAUUUGAUUUCCCAAUCAGACUGUUUCCUGAUAGACUCUGUGACAUAAAACCCUCUGUUCCAGGCCCUGGACCUCAGAUCUACCUCCACAUGGCAUAUUUCCUCUCCCGGAGACAAGGGGGCCUUGCGUCACUUAGUUUUGGACUCGACCUCUCUCCUAAAAUUUGUCUUCAUAUUGGACUCCUUUUCCUUGGCAGAAAUUCAACCAGUCCCUGAUUGAAUACUUUAGGUUACUACCUCCCAAGGCCGUCCAUUCUAACUAAAUCAUAGAAUUCUAGCACCAAGAGGGGAUCCUAUUAACCAUCUAGUCCCCCAUAUCAUUUGUAUUUUACAGAUGAGACAAAUAUGGGUCAAAGGGUCAAAUUCUUUCUCCAGAUGUUACCUUGAGGCCUUAUAAACCUGCACACACAUUCUCCCAGGGAUCUCAUUAUUAAACCAAAUUAAAGAAAAUUUUACAUGAUUGUUUGCAGUAUUUGUCCAAUUUUAUGUGUUAUGCUUCAGAAAACUUUAGACCACUCACAGGAUCAUUUACAAUUGAUUAAGUAGUAAGUCAAAUGUGCUUGUAGUCAUUGACAUAUAACAUUAGGCACACAAUUUUUCUAUUCUAACACUUUCUAUAAUAUCUCACAUUUGAUUUACCUUAGUUCAACUUACAAUGUCUUUCCAAACCAUAUCCCUCAAAAAUUCUAAAACUGCUGUAUUUUUCAAAGUGACAUGCAGAUUUUUACUAUUAUCCUUCUUAUUUCAAUAUAGGCUUUUCCCUGAUUUUGAUGUACAAGUUCCACACUGUAGACUAAUUGCCACAGCACUAGGAAGUAUCUAUGGCCAGUCUGUUAAAGGAGACUUCUAUGUAGCUGUAACACAGAUUGUUAAAGGUGUGUUACCAUCAUGCAGAGGUUUAAACUUAUAAUUGAGUAAUUGAUAAUGGUAUUUUACAGUAGAAUCCAAAGGCUUACCCAUUUUCCUCAGAGUUUGGAUGCUGAGACUUCUUUUCCAGAGUUCAUAACUGACCUGUGCCCCUCAGACCUCAGGAUCUUUUGCAUUGGAGCAUAUGAUCUCUUUAUAAAUAAAGGCUAUCAAAGAUACUGUUAUACUAACUAGGAUGAUCAAAUUAGAAUUCCAAAUAUUGGUAUCCCUGACAUCCCUAAGCCUUUAUUAGAAUUUUUUCCUGCAAGUAAUGAGGGACUUUGCUAAUGUUUUAUUAAUUGUCUAUAGUUAGGAAACAAGUCUAACCCUAUUCUCAUUACCCUCUCCCCUCCAAAUAAUAUGAAAUCCUUCUAAUUAUUUAUGUAUUCCUUAAGAAAUAUUCCAAAAUUUAUUAAGAGGAUUUCAUAGAGUACAAAGAUUCAAAUAUAGUGUAAUAGAGUGUUGUGCCAAAGCUCAUAGAACUUUGCUAAAUAGACAGUGAGAUGGAAAGGAACUGUCUCUCUUAGGUAGAAUUUGGGAUUAAUUGCAUUUUCUAUGCUCAUACCAGCAAAGCACCAUUAUGCAGACAGUUGCCUAGGGCAUGGAAAAUGGCCUUGUUUCAAAGGGUUGGAUAAUAUCCUGGGAUUUGUUGCAAUAGAAUUCCUCUAUCUGUACAUGAUUGGCAGUUAAACAUAACUAUUGAUAAUUAUGAUUGAAAAAUUCAGGAAAAAUAAUGAAGAAUGUGAACUGGUUGGCUGGAUUAGGUGGAGUGAAUUAUGGGAAAAACAGAAAGCUUUGUGAGAGUAACUUCUUUUUAAGUAAAUUUUUAAUUUAGAACAGUUUAAGAUUUAUAGAAAAGUUGUAAAGGUAGUACAGAGAAUUUUCCUAUACCCGCUAUCCAGUUUUUCUUAUUAUUAGCAUCUUUCAUUAGUAUCGUACAUUUGUUACAACUAAUGAAGUAGUAUUGGUACAUUAUUAUUAACUAAAGCCUAAACUUUAGUGAGAUUUCCUUAGUUUUUACCUAAUAUCCUUCUUCUAUUCCAGCAUCUCAUUCAGGAUCCCACAUCACAUUUAGUGGUCAUGUCUCCUUAGGCUUCUCUUGCUUAUGACAGUUUCUCAGACUUUCCUUGUUUCCUAUGACCUUGACAGUUCCAAGGAGUAUGUCCCUCAAUUGAGAUUUGUCUGAUGUUUUUCUCAUGAGGUUAUGAGUUUUAGGGAGGAAAACCAUAGAGGUGAACUGACAUUUUUAUCACAUCAUAUUAUCAUAACUUAUACUCUUGAUGUUAACAUUGAUCAACUGGCUGAGAUAGUGUUUGUCAGAUUUCUCCUCUGAACUCUUCCCUCCCCCUCAUUCAUACUGUACUCUUUGGAAGAAAGUCACUAUGUGUAGCCCACACCUGAGCAGUGAGUUAUGCACUACAUUCUUGAGAGAUCUAUAUAAAUUAUUUGGAAUUCUUCUUUAUGGGAAAUUUCUCUCUUCUCCCUGUAUUUAUUUAUGCAAUUCUUUACUUGUAUCAGUAGGGACUCAUGGAUAUUUAUUUCAUACUUUGGGUUAUAAUCCAAUACAACUUUAUUCUGUUGCUCAAAUUGUUCCAGCUUUGGCCAUUGAGUACUCUUUUGGAUUGACUUGCAAGUCCUUUUGACAUACCCCUAUCAUUUUUUUUAGCACAUCCUUAUUUUCUGGCAUUACAAGCUGCUCCAGGCUCAUCUUGUAUAUUUUUUUUGGCCCACUUCUAUAAUCAACCAUUUCUUUAAGGACUCUUGGUUUCUUUUAAUGGAAAAUUAUGUUAGAAACUAAGAUCUAGGCCUUAGAUAUGCUUGUCACAACUGGGGUAUUAUUGCUUCUAGGCCAUCUCAGCUGACAGAGCAAAGAAAUACAUGUGUGUACAUUAACUCAUGUAGAUACAUGUAUCUACAUUAUUUCUAUAUGUAAUCAUCCAUAUCUUUAUUAAACUAAGCAUGAGUUCAUACUGAUGUCUCCAACUCCAAUCCAUUACCACAUGAAUAAUUCUAGCCUUUUUUCUUUGCUUAUCUGUAACCUCCCACUCCAACAGUGAGAAAUUUGGCUCCCAUACUCUGCCAUGUAUUUACUUAAUUGUUCAAUUCAAUUAUACAUCUGAAUUGUUAACCUGUACGCCUGUGGGAAAUGAGCUCUGUGCUUAUGUACACGAUAGUAACAUUUUCAGGACUCUAACAACUCUUUGAAACAAAGCGAUCUGCAAAUAUCGGGAAUUAGGGAUUUCUGUGAUCUGACUUCCAGGAUGUUUGAGUCUAUAUUGUCCCAAAAUAGUUUUUUUAAGAACCAAACCAUUGGAAAUUGACCCAACUUAGAAUAAGCCAAGGUAAAUUAUUAUCCACAGUUUUCUAAUACCUAUAUAGACAGAUGGACACAGAAGAAAGUGGAUGUACCCAAUUUAAAGAAACACAUAGCACUAUAUUUUCUCACUGGUAAAUAUGACUCUCUGACAGUAGGGGUUCUACCCUAAGUUACCUCUCUUCCAUAGUUUCCAAUCUUUCACUUGGUUGACCUUAGGCAAGUCACACCACCACUGUGUGCUCAGUUAACCCAUCUGUAAAAUGGGAAUCCAAGUAUCUACCUCACAGGAAUGUUGUGAGGAUUCUCAUUAAUGGAUGUUGGCAAAAAUAAUGGGAGAUCCUUAAAUGAACAAAGUAUUAUCAUCAUUAUUAUAAUGAUAAUUAUAGUACCCUACAUUUACCCUAGAAAAAUGAGAGGAUUAGGCUUCCUGGGUGAUAAAGAGCUAAAUUUGAGUCAGUAACAAGGAUAAUUGAAGAGUGGUCACUGGAAGCAAUAUUCUUUCUUCUUUUCCUCUCACUUUCCCUACAUUCUUUUCAUUACUACCUAUAGGUUUCUCAUCUCUUUUCAGACUCAGAGCAUAUUAGGAGCCUAUAGGAAUAGGUAGGCAAAAUCCAUUGCUUCAGAAGCUGCAUUCUUCCCCUUUCCUCACUCUGCCUGGACCACAUUACAUGUUACCCUAUGAGAAGCACAAAGGGAAUUUCUCAGAGCCCUUCAGACUUUGGCCAGUUCAACUUCACUGGUUACAUUUUCUCUUUUCCCACUUAGUGUACUCUGAAUAGUUUAGAUAGGAGGGAAGUCAGAUGGGGUGGUUGGGGUGGGAGUGGGAUGGAAGAAAAUAGAAUUUAUACAAGUGACAGGAUAUUUCUUUAUUCUCAAACACAGGUUUCACCUUCUAUUUCCUUUUCUGGUAGUGUGUCAGGGGUAGAGUGAGAGAUACUAUUUUGUUAAGUGUUAAGAAACUCUUCUUCCCUUCCAGUAGACAUUUCGCAGGGUUAGUACAAGUAUGUUGAACAUUACUUUAUAACUAUGUUGUAUACAGUGCUGUUUUCAUUGCAUUUCUGAAUGAAAAGAAAAGAAUCCCUAGUGGUGUCCAUCCCUGUUUCUUGACAGGAGGUCACAAUGGGAGAGCAGUGCCAGAAACUGACUCUUUUGUGUGUAUGUGUAGAGGAAAGGAGCCUCCAGUAAAGGGAUUUAUUGAACUUUUUUUGUCAUUGUUGGUUUGUUUAAAAGAAAUUAUAGAACAGUAUAUUAAGCUUUAGUCUCUGUAACUCUUCUGUUUUGCCUUGUUAUUUCACUGCUUUAGAGCAGCAUCCCGUUUUUCUCUGUUUUAUAUUAGUUCUUGCUCCAGAGACAUGGUUUUGAGGCUAGGAUCAUGAGCAAUCUCUCAUAUACAAGUCUGUUAUGCACCUGUAGAUAUUCAAGAAUUGCCUCUGUUAUCAUGGCCACUUAGAGGUUACUCUGUACUAGCCCAAUGGGACUCUCCCUCUGUGGCAUCCAGGCAGGAUUUAUGCUUGGGUAUUAAGCAAUCUUAUGUUUGAUUAUUAUACUUUUUUAUUAAUAAAAAUAUUUUAAACUUCAGAAA